UGUCAUUAGAUGCGAGUGCAGAGGAAAUGAUGUUAUGGAGUUCCUUCUCUGGGGAAUAUGAUUGUGACCACCAUGCAGAUGUGACAAUUGAGUGAUGAGCUGUCUCGGCAGACGUAAGCGCUGGGACGAGGGAGAGGUGGACGAAAUGGCAGCGGGGGCUGUAUAAGUGGAGGAAGGAUUAGAGUUCAGAGUGGCGGAUGUUUGGAGGAAGUUAAAGGCAAUCUUUUUAGGUACUUGAUGAAAUAAGCCUAUGUGUAGCAGGAUGGGCACAUUUGUGACCCUGACGGAAGUGUUGGAGGCCCGGGGUUCACCCCUGGAAGAGGAUGAGGUCUGGUGUCUGCUGCUGGCCACCACUGAUGCCUUACUGGAUAUCUCAAAAAAAGGUCCAGGUAACAUGUGUAGUGUGUUGAGCCCAGGCUCUGUGCUGCUGUCAGGCAAUGGGAGUCUGGCCUUCAAGAGCUGCGCACGAAGUGAAGACGUGGCCUCCUAUACAGCUCCCGAGGCCCAGCAGGGUCAUGCUCCUUCCACCAGAGCUGCAGCUGAAAAGAUGGUUGUGUACUCACUUGGAAUGACUCUUUAUUGGUGCGCUGAUUAUCACCUGCCUCAAAAUCAGCCGGUCCAGAUAAGUACAGAGCUGGAGGGUUUGUUGCUGAGUAUGUGUGAGGACAUGGUGGUGAGAAGGACCGACCUACUUACAGUUCUAGAGACCUGUGAGUUUCAUCAUAAGACCUCCAUGCUGCCAUCCCCAGAGCGCCUCAUCAGGCAGCUGGUAGAGGAUGUCUACAGAAACUCAGCUGAUCACGUGUCCAUGGCUGAAAACGGAUCCCAGCUAACAGACCGCAGUCAGAUGGUCAGGGACAGAUUACACAGAGGUUCUUUCAGUAACUCAACAUGGACCCUAAAAAAGAAGGUUCACAGACCAUUUUCAGGAACAUCUUAUCCAGCUGACAAUACAGGGAUUCCCUUGGGAGGCCAACUCAGAGAAAGUUAUCCCAGCUGGCAGCAUCUGAACAUGAGUUUGAAUGACAAGAAAUUGAAAGACAUGGGUCCUGAGUUUAUCAGAGUUUUAGAGGAACCCCUUGUUAUUUUGGAGCUGUCUGGGUCCAUCCUAGCAAAGAAAGGGAAAUCUACAGCCACCCAUAGAGAGCUCAGUGUGGUGAUGCCAAAUGGUCAAAGCAUCCUGGUCAAAUGUGAAGUGAAAACCAGAGGAGGAGAUGUGUUUGACAUGAUCGUGGCUCAUUCAAACCUUGUGGAACAUUUCUAUUUUGGCCUUGCAUAUAUUGAUGAUAAUGAGUUUUUCUUCAUUGAUAAUGACACCAAGAUCUCCAAAGUGGCUUCAGACAGCUGGAAGAAAGUGCCUACAACCACUUUUGUCCUUUUCUUCAGGAUCAAAUUCUUUGUAAACAACAUCUCUCUUAUUUUGCACAAACAGACCCGUCACCAGUAUUACCUCCAGCUCAGGAGGGACCUUUUAGAAGAUAGACUGUCCUGCCAUGAGGAGACUGCUCUGUACCUUGGAGGUUUGGCCCUGCAGGCAGAGUAUGGAGACUGCAUGCCUGAGGUGAAAGGUAGAAACUACUACCGACCUGAUCAGUAUGUUUCCAAGAGUAUGAUGGAGAAACGUGCCUUGCCUUCCAUUCAAGCAGAGCUGCUGAGACUUCACGCCAAUAACGCCCAGAUGCUCACAGAUGAAUCAGAACUUGAAUUCCUUAAGGUUUGUCAGCAGUUGCCUGAGUAUGGUGUCUUGUUCCAUCGUGUGAUACGGGAGAAAAAGCCUUCAGAUGGAGAGAUCAUUCUCGGGGUUUGUGCCAAAGGUGUCAUCGUCUAUGAGGUAAAAGAUGGCUGCAGGUCCACCACUCAGAAUUUCUACUGGAGGGAGACAGCUACUAUCUCCUCUAACAAACGAAAAUUUAUAAUCGAGUUCCGGGGCAGCCGGAAGAAAUACAUCUUCAUCACAGAGAGGUCUAGGAUAGCCAAAUAUUUGUGUAACCUCUGUUCAGCCCAGCACAAGUUUAAUAAUGAGAUGAGCUCCCGCCAGCUAAGCCACAGCCUGAUCUCAGAGGACAACAUUGUGCAGUACGCAGCUGUAUGCCGUGCUCAGAGCAGCCAGCUCAAGUCCCUCUCAUGUUCUGAGACACUCCAGGAUAACAGCGGCAUGACCACGCCCCAGGAAGGGUCCCUGACCAAACUGUGUAAUGAUGUCUCCGACAGAAGUGAGGCCCGUGUGAAACAUCACAGCACCUGCUCCAGCAGUCAGCACAGCAGCACAGGUUUACAUUCUCUAUCCUGUUCUCAGAGGAGUGGAUCAGAAGCCCAUUCUGCAUCCCCAGCAGCCAGAGAAACAAAGCCGAAACUUGGGACAUCUUCAGAGAGGGAAGUCAUAUGUGUUUCCUUAAAGAAGGACCCAAAACUAGGCUUAGGUAUAGUGAUAGUUGGAGAGGACACAAUAGGUCGGUAUGACUUGGGCAUUUUUAUUGCCUCCAUUGUGCAUGGAGGACCUGCGGAUAAGGAUGGACGCAUCAGACCAGGUGGGCGUCUGAUAUCCCUGAACCACAUCAGCCUGGAGGGCGUCACGUUUAGUGAGGCAGCUGAGGUCAUGGAGAGCAGCCCUGAGGAGGUGCAGCUCAUUGUCUCUCAGCCAAAAGUCCUAUUAAGUCCCAUCAGUGCUCGUUCUCCUGUGCUGAGAAAAUAUGGGUCCCAGACUACGCUGAUGACAGACAGACGUUCAGGGGACGAUAGCCUAGAUGAGAUUGUCUCUGUCAUGAUGACACCAAAGGCCUCCAACAGGUUGCAUGUCCCACAGGAAGUACGAGUCCUCAGUACACAGGAAGGUUGCUCCCUGUCUCCGUCUCUAAACUGUGUGAGGCAAGAGGAGAUCAACGUGGAGCUAAGGAAGAUAUCAGGAAAUUUGGGCAUCAGCAUCUCUGGUGGAGUAAACACAAACCUUCAAAAUGGAGGAAUCUACAUCAAGAACCUUGUUCCCGGAGGGGCUGCAGAGAGAGAUGGACGUUUAUACACAGGUGAUAGAAUUUUGGAAGUUGAUGGGAUUAACUUUCAUGGCUUCACCUACCAGCAGGCUGUGGAAUGUCUGGGUAAAACUGGGGAGGUGGUCUACUUUGUUGUGGAAAGGGAGUCAAUCAACCUGCCUAAAGUUUCUGUGAUUGCUGACACUGGCAGCUCAAUAUCCAAUCAGAGAGUCAGUCAAGCCACUAGCCAUCUAAGACUCAACAGCUCCUCAUCCCUCACCUCUGCCACAAGCACAAGGUCUGACCGCUCCAGAGACUACAGUUUCGUCACUGAUGAAAACAUUUUGGAGGUGACUCUGACCAAGGAUGUCAAUGGCCUGGGAUUUAGUUUCCUAAUGUGUGAGCUGGACCCACCCACCAAGGACUUCAGCAGCCUGGUCAGGAUAAAGCAGCUCUUUCCUGGUCAGCCUGCAGAGCAGAGCGGCAGAAUCCAGGAGGGGGAUGUCCUGUUAGCUAUCAACGGCCAGUCGCUAAAGGAGCUUUCCUAUCCACAUUCUGUAUUUUUUACAGUCUUUAUUUUGCUGGUUAGUUGUGAAUUCCGUUUAUCCUAUUAAUGUCACGAUUAGUAGUACUUUUAGUUUCUGUGUAUCCAUUUCCAUUUCUGUUAGAGUUAACUAUGUUAGUGAUUAGUUCGGUGUCCUAUGACUGAUCCUGCCUCAGUGUCUCAGCUCCUGGUUACCCCCAGCUGUCUCUCAUCAGCUUAUUAACUCACCAGUAAUCAAGGCCCCCAAGAAUAAAUACUACUUCUUGGUUUCCUCAGUUAGUGUCAGAUCUUCCUUUUGCUGCCACCAGCCUGUGUCCUCUUGCUCCCACCGUGAUUUAUUAUUUUAGAUUUUCCCAAGAUUCUAGUUUUGUAAGUUUUGGAUUUUUUAGUAAUAAGUGUUUAUUGUUCAUCUGUUUCCUCUCUGCAUUUGGGUUCACUAUUUUACAGUUACAUGACAGGAACUUAACAGAUUUCUGGUCAGAGUUAAUGAUUAUAAAUUGAAAAUUGGUAUACAAUUUUAAAAAGCAAAAUUUCUAUAAGCAGUUUAAAUGAAAGCUAUUUUAUUGAUUUUUUCACAAAUUUACUCUAAAUAACUUUUUUAUUAGAUGGUUUACAUGUUCUGUUUUCAGUAUGUGUUGCACACAGGAAGAUCAUUGGUGGCACCUCCAUUUCUCCUAUAAACAAUCAUUGGCUUCUAUAAUAACCAUACAAUGCAAAUGUGAGAGGAGUUCAAAGGUUCAUACAUGAACCUACGUAUAAACCGCUGUGAUGUUCUGAGAUAAGAGUUGGUUUAAGAAGGUACACAUCCUCUUUGGUGUGGCCCCUGUGGGACCAGCAGUGAGAUUCAGCCUCCGGGACUAACUAAUUCAGGUUUGAGCUAACUGAGGAGAGCCAGUGAGUUAUCUAUAGCAGAAACUACCGCUGUUGUUUAUAGGCUUCCAUUGGAACCUGACUUCAAAAGUACUGAAAUAUCCCUUUAUGAAAUACCUUAUGAGUGAACUC